UUUAUAUUUAUUUUCGAGUUCUAGUUCAAAACAGGGAAGUUGCCGAAAGGAUUUGUAUGGAAUUACUAACAUGGACACACCAUGGCAGCUGCAGAUGCUCUUGCAGAUGCUUAUAUCGUGGACAUUGGCGGCCAACGGUCAUCACAAAUUCGUGAUGCUGCCAAAGGUGGUGGGCGGCUACUCGAUAGCUAUCGAGGAGGUCCCCUUUCAGAUAUCGGUGCGCCGACGGGCAAUGCACGAGAAGGCCUACGGCUUGGGCCUCAUCUGUGGCGGGGCGCUAAUCUCGCAGCGUGUGGCCUGCUCAGCGGCCCACUGCUAUGCCGUGAACAACACGUACAACCCAGUGAGAUACUACGAUCCAUCGAUGUUCGUUGUGGUUGCGGGCAGCACACUGAUCGACCAGGCUGACCGGCACACCAAGGAGUACUUGCUGCAGCAGAUCAUCGCACACAAAGCGUACAAUGCCAGCACGCUGGAGAACGACAUAGCGCUGCUCUUCCUCAACGGCUACGUGUCGUGGCGGUCGCGGGCCGUGCGUGCCAUUCCGCUGUCCACCAAGGUGCUGACCGAGGGCACCACCUGCCUGAUCAAUGGCUGGGGCAAGGUCACAAUGGUGGGCAAAUCGGCGUCGCUGCAGCAGGCGCCAGUACCCAUAUUGAAUAAGAUCCUGUGUCGCGCCAUUUACAUGCUGCCGGUGUCCCAGCUGUGCGCCGGCUUCAUGCAGGGCGGCAUCGAUGCCUGCCAGGGCGACUCUGGCGGUCCCCUAAUCUGCGAUGGCCAACUGGCCGGCAUCAUCUCGUGGGGUGUAGGCUGCGCGGAUCCUGGCUUUCCCGGCGUCUACACCAAUGUCUCGCACUAUGUCGACUGGAUACGAACAAUGAACGCGACUCUGGACUACUCCAAGUAUUGGGUAAUGGACUCUGCCGAUCUGACAAGCGGUGCCCAACGCACCUGGUGGCUGGCCUUGGCAUUUCUGCUUAUCGUUAUCGACUGUUGCGGCUUCUGAUUAUAUCGAGUGAUGAAUGUUGUCCAGCAAAUAUAAUAAUAAUAAAAUCAUCCAACUUGUGUC